GUACCACAUUAUCAGCCUAAUUUUAUACAACAACAGUGUCUAAAAAUUCAGGUUAAGCUCCGAUAUUUCUUAAUCAAGUAUUCCAAGAUUGUAAGACUCUAAUUUGAAAAAUCGAAUGCUUGAAUAUUCAUACAAGGUAUGUUUCGUAUUUUUCUUCAGUUUUUGUUUAGGAUUAGCCUGAUGGAAAAAAUGAAUCAGCUAGAUCUAUUUAUAGACUUGAAAUUUUGACUAAAGGCACACUUCAAGAAUUUUUUGGGAGAAUAGAUCACGGGAGAGUGAAAGAAUAGUAAAAACGAAGAUAAACUAUAUAAACUUAAUGAAAACUCUUAGUGUUCAAGGAUGCUGCAAGAUCGAAAAAAAAGGUCAACAGAAUUGGCCAAACCACCGUUCAAAAUUAGCUUGUUGUAUUAGAGGUUUUAAAGUGUAUUUAUGCGGUGGAGAUGGUUUUGAUUCAACUGAUUUUUGGAUUUAUCAUACAAAUACUGACGAAUGGACAAAAUUAGAGAGUCACGGAGACGCUCCAAAACGCCUUCAAAGUCACAGUUUACAUCCAGAUUGGGACAACAAUCUUAUAUAUAUAUUCGGCGGUUUGUACGGAUUAGAUACUCCACUUUGGUCAUUUGAUAUCGACAAUAGACUAUGGACAAAAAUUGAAUCACUCAAUGGACCAUCCAGCCGUACAGGCCACGAAGCAAUCUUAGAAAAGGAUAAUAGAUAUUUACACGUAUUUGGGGGUUAUGUUAGUGUUCAAGGUUCAACAAAUGAGCACUGGACAUUCGAUACAUUAAAUAAAACUUGGAUAUUAAAAAAAGAGGAAGAAAUCUUUCCAUGCGCUCGUCAUGACUUUGGUGCAAUAUCGGAUAAUGCUGAUUGGUGGAUAUUCGGUGGAUCUUGUCAAUUAGAACCUUUGAAUGAUCUGUGGACAUAUACAUUUUGUAAACAGCAGUGGACUCGAAUAAAAACUAGGAAAGUACCUGAGCCAAUAUAUGGACACAAAUUAAUAUAUAUAAGAGAUACUAUAUUAAUUGUAGGAGGAAAUAUUUCAUCAAAUUCCACUUGGGGAUUUAACUUGAAGAAAUUAAAGUGGUUAGAAGUUUCAUUACCUGAUAAUAUGCCUACUUUACUCCAUCACAGAGUUAUCCUCAUUAAUGAUAAUGGGGAAACAAAAAGUAAGAAGCCAAGAGAUAGUUAUUGUUAUUGGAGAAAAGCAAAAAUUUCACCCAACAAUGAGCUAGACCCUCCAGAAUAUGAUACAAAAAUCUUUAUCAAUCGGGCGUUUAGUAUUGAAAGUAAAAACUAUGGAAAUAACUUUUUUCAAUCUUAUAAAUUUAACGCUCAGACGGCAAAAUCGUCAUCGGAUAACCUAUUACUGUCAGAUCUCGAUUAUAGAGAUGAAGAUUAUGAAAUUGACAGCAUUUCCAACGCGAAACUUGAUUUCCUAUCCGAAAACACUGAUACUAUAGGAGAUGACACAGAGACUGAAACUGAAUUUUCGAAACUUCCAGCAACUAACGAAUUAAAUCAAAUUCUAAUACUCGGGUGCCACAAAUCUUUUAAAUUCAGCCCUUUAACAAUGUGGAAAUUAACGUUGUCCUGCAACUAA